AUGCCCGGAAAGAUUGCCCUACUCAUCAUAACGGCCUUCUUUUUUUUCGUCCGUCAGCUCGCCAAAGUAAUGAAGCUAUCGACUUGGGGUGCAGACGACGUAACGCUGAUACCCGGUUAUUAUCUCGCUGAUACGUUGCCUCAGAUAUGCUCGCUUGCAUUUGCGAUCUACAUGUUUUAUGGUAAUUAUGCCCAAUGUGGAGUAAGAAGCUCACUCAAACUCACUCACACAUUUCUAGGGUAUCGUUUAGGUAUCGGACGAGACGUUUGGUCGUUAUCCCAUGAUGAGGUCGAUCUGUUCAUGCAAUUCUUCUAUGCCUUUGAAAUACUCUACAAUCUAAGCAUCGCCACUCUAAAAGCCUCGAUACUCUUUUUCUAUCUCCGCGUUUUCAACCUCGUAAGCCCGACUUUCACCAGAGUGCUCUGGUGCACCCAGGUCUCAAAUCUCGUCAACUGCGUCGUCUUCACGACGGUCAAGCUGAACCAAUGCAAGCCCUUUAGCUAUUCCUGGGAGGGUUGGGAUGGAAGGCACAUGGGGCGCUGUGUCAACCUGAACGCUAUACUGAUUUCACACGCCGCUAUCAAUGUCGCCAUGAACGUAUGGUUGCUGGUGUUGCCAGUGACGCAGACUUUAUGGCUUAAUUGGAGGACAAGACAAAAGAUGGAGGUCAUGUUCAUGUUUGGACUUGGAGUUUUGUGA